UUUCUUGGAACGCAGCAGAGACGCAGAAGCGUGCACAAAUCCUGUGGGCACAGUGUGCGGAGCUGUCACCAUCAUGACGGGGUGAGGGCUGCCUCUUGGCCCUGUUCCUGUGCCGUCAGGCUGGCUUACCCGUGACGCAGUUCGGCAGCUUUACCCGCCGUGGGCAUCCAGUGGUCACAACAUGGAUUCUCCCCAUGUGCCAUGUCAGGACGUGAUGGUCAGGGACGCGUGGCUCUAACCUUAACCCUCAGGUGGGGAGCGGCCCCUCCCCACCGCUGUCUGGAACCACUGCAGCUUCUGAUGAGAAAUCAGGGGCAUUCAGACUUCAAGAAUGCUGUGCUCAUCACCAAAGCUUCAUGUAGAAAAGAAUCUGGAGUUACGGUUGCAAAUCUCUAUUUUUAAGAUGUAAUUUGACUUCUAGAACCUCCGCUCACUCGUAGUUACAUGGGGAAGAGCAUCUCGAUGGAUUUUUUUCCCCCACAAACUCAAAAGCUGCCAGCCUGGCUGCAGUGUUGGGCUGAUGGCACCUGAGCGUGGAUUGGUGACACCUCUUGGGCCUUGGGGAGAGCUCUGAGUGGGAGACCCACAGGGGGCCAGCCGGGCUCAGAUGGGUGUCUGUCCCCCGGCCAGAACAGCCCUGCCCAGCCCGGGGCUUCCCGUCUGUUGCUCUGUGCACACAUCUGUAGCCACAGGUAGGACAGCAGGGCUGUUGAUGAGGUUAUUGGAGGGAACAGGUGGAGAUCCAGUCCACUUAGGGAGGUCAAGGACAGACUAAAUGUGGCUAGGUCUCCGAGGAGCCCGGCCUGUCGCUCCACGUACUCCAGCGGUCCCUCCAACUUGCUGCCUGGCAUAGGAAGUGUGCAUGCAUUUCCUGAUUCCCAGCCCCCAGUUCUGAUGCUGCUGGGACCUUGGAGGUGGCAGAGGCAGUUCCAGCAGACGUGACCAUGAGACUUGCUGUGAAUGUGGUUCCCUUUGUGGUCUCGGCCCAUGGGGAGGUGGGUGUGUCAUUUCCCCCAUGACCGCAGCUACGCUCCAGCCAGACGCCCAGGUGUCUGCUCUUGCCCUCACAAACCCCAGGACUGCUCCUGCCUCUCACCUGGGCGUGUGGUACACAGCUGGUGUCCAGGGAGAACCUGGUGUUAGCACCCUUGGCAGUACCAACCAAGCCCCGGCUUGUCCACACGCUCUGGCAUCCAGGUACCGCUCCCCAGCUCAGCCCAUGGCCGGACUCCCUUCCCUGGUUCUCAGGUGGUCUGUGCCAGGGCUGCUCCAGGGUAUGUGUGUGUUGUGCCUCGGCUGUGCUGACACAAUGAGAUGUGUAUCCGUGAAAGAGUGAGCUCGGGCACUUGGAGCUUCUGUGGGAGAUCGCUGGGGAGAUGUUAGCUCUGCCCUCCUAAACGUGAGCGGGUUCCCCAGGGUUAUGCGUGUGGUUUCCAGAGGAGGGAACCCAGGGUGGGCUGAGAGCAGGGCUGUCAGGAGUCACAGCUGCAAGGGGUGGGCUAUGCCCCGUGACAGGCGUGGGUGCCCCUGCAGACCAGCUGUGUGGAGCCUGGCCCUCCGCAUAGAAAGCUUGGGACCAGGUGUCGCUGCCCGGAACAGGGCCGUCAUGUGCUCCUGGGAGGGGGAGUGAGUCACCGAUACCUUUCCCCUUUUGCCCAGGCAGCUGAUUAGCACAUUCCUGGGUCUGGGUUUGCUGGGACAUGGUGGUUGGAGUCCCAAACCCGGCAACGCUGGUGGAUUAGCGAAGUAACUUUGCAGGCUAUGGGGUAGGCAGUCAAGGCUUAACAGCCUGGGGUGUCCCAAUCUCUCUCUUCCUCUGUCCAGCUGGUAGGAAGCUAUUGGCCUGGAACUAAAAAGCAACUGCUGGGCCUGUGUACCGGACCCUCGAGGUCUGGCUUCUGCACCUGCCAGGAGGCAGCUGAGUGGGCCCUGCACAGACUCCCCUCCAGGCCCCUGGCUUGUUUUCUGCUAGAUGCAAAGCUUUGCUAGUUGAGUUUCCUUGGACUUUUCAAAGUAAGAGUUUUGCCCUGAGUGUUUCACUUGCUUUAGUUCUCCAGAAGGCAGAACCUGAAAGUUGUGCAAACCAGGUCACUUGAGAAGUUCACACGGGCAGAGGCUCAGGGGCAAAGCUGUGUGAAUACAGGUUUGGUGCUGGUGUGGUUGUGUGAAGAGCAGGUUAGACUGCUCAUGGCUGGCUUCUGCCGAAAGGCUUCUGAGUGAGUUGCUGUAGGCCGUGUCCAUGGCUUUGAGGACGUGCUGCCCAUGUCCUGAACAGAAUGACUUUCAGGCAUCUGUCCCUUCUUGGAUCCAGACAUCCAAACAGAAACCCCAAAGCCGAGAUCCUGAGCUCUCUCAGCUUGCCUCUAGCAGGAUAGAGCGGGAGGGUCGCUCUUGGGGUCGCCAAGAGACCCACCUGAUGGUUUGCCCUGCCUGGCCUAAGGCCUGUCACUGGUGGGAAAAACCAUGCUGUUGGUGGCAGCUUCAUCGGAGUUCUUUCAUUUGAUCCUCUGAGCAGGGCAGGCAGACAGAACUUUCCACAACAUCAGAAAAGGCAAUCUUCACAUCAAAGGAAAGUUCUGUCUCUGUGUACAGCAUAGGACUUUGUCUCUGGGCUUCGUGUAAACAAGCCGGAAGAAACUGUACCCAGUUCCUCCCAAGUGACCAAGAGUUAGGGCCACCCAGCAUCAUACUCUGAGCCUGAAAUGCAGGAACACUGGGAACCACCCCUCCCUCCGGGCCCCUGCAGGGUCUGAGUCAGGUGGAGUUUCCCAUGUAACAUUAGUGGCAACAAGGCAGGCAGAGAAACCCUGUCAGGGCAGGGAGCCCACCGCGGGCAGUGGCCUAUCCUCAGCAGCAUUUGGCCCAAGGCUUUGCACCUAGGGUGCUGAUGCAUUUGUUGAUUUGAUUUUGUUGGAUCAAGAUCAGCCUGGUGAUGCAAGGACUUCCGGUGCCCAAGUCCCUGCCCCCCCCAUACAGAGUGCUGACUAUCCGUGGUUCUGUCAGCAUCCAGGCCUUCAGUGACUGCCCGGAGGAUCUUGCCAACGUUAGGGGCUGAACCGGACCCCACCCCAAUAUUCAUGUUUUGAAGUGUUAACCCCCAAUACCCCAGCGUGUGACCUUAUUUGGAAGUGGAGUUGUUGCAGAUAUGAUUGCUUAAGAUGAGGUCAUACUAGAGUAGUGUGGGCCCUAAUCCAAUGGCUGAUCUCCUUAUUAAAAGGGGAAAUUUGGACACAGACACCUACUCCGGGACAGCACCAUGUGAACACGAAGGUGGAGAUGGGUGAUACAUCUACAGGCCAGUGAACGUCAACGACUUGCCACCAGAAGCCAGGAGAUGGGCCUGGAGCAGAUUCUCCCUGGGAAGGAAACAGCCCUGCCGGCAGCUUGAUCUUGAUCUCCAGAACUAUUGUUUGAGACCCCCAGUCUGGCACUUCAUUACAGCAGCCCUGGAAGAGCAAUAUGGCCAGCUUCAGAUGCUGCGGGGACUGUGUGGACCCCACAGGCCCAGCUCUGCUCCCAGGGCGUGUCUCCUGUGCGCGUCCAUCCAUUGGCUCUUGUCUCGCACUGAAGCCUGAGCCCCACCUCGGACCUUGGCCGCCGCACUGAAGGCAGCCAGUGCUGGCUCAGCCUGCUGGGAUAUCUCACAAUUCCGCUGGUUGUGCUCCUACAGGUAAGUAUGCUCUAGGUCAGGUGCAGAGGGCACACACAGCCCAGGACGUGACAGCUAUGGCAUCAUGGUCCUUGGGUAGCAGACUAGAUACCAUGUUGAGUGUGAGCACCUGUGUUCUUGGCAGGAAGUAGCAGGAGCCUGGAACCAGGAGGAAUAUAGGGGAAUGGGAAGGAGGGGAAUGAGGACCUGGGGGUGGAGGCGGCUGUGGGGGGGGGGGUCCCAAAGUAAGGUCGGAUGGGUUGAGUGGGAGCUGAGGCAUUUAGAUUCUAAUCUGGGAGAUUUCCAAGCAGGGCAGUGCCACUGAAGCCCACGUUUUGGGAAAACUGCCCUGAGAGUGAUACGAGCCAUGAUGGAAGGUGAUAAGUGACAGGGAGAUGAGUAGGGAUGGGCCGCCUUCUCCACAGCAGGACCCUGUCCUGUGCUUCCUCAGGUGUGGGUGGCCCCCUUGCCUUCCCAGGAGGCAGAGGCAGCUGUGCUCACCACACAUCAUGCCCUUCUCCCCAAGUUCCCGGGACUGUAGGAGACCCUGACCUUGGUACCUGUUUGCCUUCCUUAUGGGCCCUGCCCUUCUAGCGCCUCUCCUGCCCUCUGUCAGGCACCUUCGAGGUCCAGCUGAGGGGCAGGGAGCGUGGCCAGGAAGGAUCUGACCCCUUUGGCCAGGAACAGUGACAGGUGGGUUGAAAGAUGAACCACUAAACAUGAUCCUGAGGGCACGGCUGGAGCGGCUCAGUUUCAGCCCCUCGGGUGUAAGCAUGACUGCGCAGCUUUAUAUAGCUCUGCGGGCCCUAUAUAAGCAGGAGGUGCCCUGGCCAGCAGGAGCACGGAGAGCACUGAGGUGGCUGUGCUGGAGAUCAUCAUCAGCCGGAAGAGCCUGCACGCCACUCUGGUCUGGGCACCUUCCUCCCCCAAGCAGUAGGGUCCCCACAGGGGUGGCCCACACCAUAGCUGCCAGGAUGCCCAGCAGAACAGUCCGCUAUGCCCGCUACAGCCCGAGGCAGCGGCGCCGGAGGCUACUGGCUGAUCGCAGUGUGCGCUUCCCUAACGAUGUCCUGUUCUUGGACCACAUCCGCCAGGGCGACCUGGAGCAGGUGGGGCGCUUCAUCCGGGCUCGGAAAGUCUCCCUGGACACCAUCCACCCCUCAGGUCUGGCUGCCCUUCACGAAGCAGUGCUUUCUGGAAACCUGGAGUGCGUGAAGCUGCUAGUCAAAUACGGGGCGGACAUUCAUCAGCGAGAUGAGACAGGCUGGACACCCCUGCACAUCGCUUGCAGCGAUGGGUACCCUGACAUAGCCAGGUACCUCAUUUCCCUGGGGGCAGACAGAGAAGCAGCCAACGACGAUGGUGAUCUGCCCUCGGACCUCAUUGACCCUGACUUCAAGGACUUGGUGGAGUUAUUCAAAGGGACUAAGAUGGACUGAGCCCAGCCCCGCCCUCCUAGGGCUCUAGCCUUCCCUGGAGACGUCAGGUGCCCACCUGCCCCAAGUGCCAGGAGUGCCCCACCAGGCGGGCUGGGGGCCGCCCAGGCUGGCCAGGACCCCAUACUUGGGCACAACCCUCGCCCCCCGACCCCGGCCUGGCUUUUCCUCCAGGUGAAUUUUUUAUUGCGACACUUUCUACUUUUUCAAUAAACCUGAUUCCCAAGCC